AUGGUAUCAGAAAAAGCAUCGCUUGAACAUCGACUUCGAGGCAAUGAAGCCGUGAGUAAUGGUGUAGUUGUAGGAAAAUACGAACUCGUUCUAAAAAAUGAAUCUGUUUCACCAAGUAUUAAGCUCAGUCAACUUAUUUUUAAAGCCUCAUUUCGUAAGGCCCAGGCGUAUUCUGAUCUCGAGCUUUACAUUGAUGCCAUUACAAGCUGUCAAGAGUUAAUGAAUUCGAAAAAUUCAUUUCUUGCAAAAUAUAUACCUUUCAAUUGGAUCGACGUGGAAGUUUACUUCAGCAAUAUAAUGAAGGCGUAUUCGAACUAG